AUGUCGGCCUCUCAAAGCACAUUUGCUACGAAUUCGAAUGGCCUGUACUCUCCGCAGGCAGCCAGGAGCUCGCUUCCGCAGUCUCCUGUGACACCGCGACAACGGCACCGCAUGUCAAUCGAUAGGACGUCUCGGUACUCUGCCGAUUUCAACAGCGAUAUCGACUGCCGGAACGGCGAAGGCAGCCCAAUAAUGGACGGAGGACUUGGUAGUCUUGCCGAUGAGCUCGCGGAUGCGUGGGACGACGAUGUGGAGGAUAUAUCCGGUCUACGGGAAGGGAGAGAUGGCGACGUCUUUGGUGACGGCCACCCUGGCUCUCCCAGGAACAGCAUGCGGAACGACAGUCAUGGUGGAGUGAAUGGAGAAUUCGUUGAUUCAAUACAUGAUAUGGGCAUUGGGAUGGGAUCCAAGGCCUCUAGGGGACAGGAUGGCUCAGAGUCUGAAUGCGAAGGCGGGCUACGUCCGUCGAAACCACGGCCGAAAUCGAUGGCGAAUAACACCCAACGACACCGGAGAUAUGAGUCGUCCCUCUACGAUGGCUCUGAGUAUGGACCGGAUUCCGAUAUCGAAGAAUGCGCCGACAUAUCGCCUGCUCUGGAGGCGCGCAUGGCCGCCAUUGACCAGCUCGUUCGGUUUGGAAACAGUGAAGCCGAACACCUGAGCAACGAAGUCAUGGGCCGUGUUAUCCAUGGCCUGCGAGACCUGGGCGGACAGAGUGAGAUUGAAAGCGGUGCUUCCAGGCUUAUCACUGCCCACGCUUCUCUGACCUCUCAUCUAACACACCAAACCCGCUCACUACAAACCCUCACCCACCCUCUCCUCUUCUCGCAUUUCCCUGUUCUCUCCUCCGAUGCUAUAGACGGCCUCAUUCCGUUGAUAGAAGACGUCCUGCCAAACCUCCCUUUCCCUGUCCAAUCUAACCCAGCUGCCUCUACCUCUACAUCCUUACCGCACGAAUUCUCCCCAUCACAAUGCUCAACCACAAGCUCAGGCUCAAACACUGCUGCCACAAACCCUCUUCUUUCUCUACAGGCUCUCCUUGCUCAAACGUCCGAUCUCACACAUACACUGCGCACGCUAAGCGAUACCCUGCAUGAAUCCCGUCAGUUGACGUCUGCAGCAUCUCGGCGGCUGAAAUCGGUGCGUGAGCUGGUAUCUGAGAUUCGACGGGAUGAAGAGGCACGCGAAGAAGGGACAGCCUGGAUUGAGCAAGGGGAGUGGGAUAAACGGCUUGGUGAGCGAGAGGCGGGCAGAGUGUGUGGCGAUGUUGUCAGCGGAUUCGAAGCCGUCUGUGGAGAAUGGAGGGAUAGAUUGUUUGGUACAGAGGUGGUUGUUGCAUAG